AGGAAGAAGAGUCAGGCCGCCACCUGGUGGCCGUUGUCAGCAGUGCAAGCAAAACGCGUUGGCAAAGCAGACCUCCUCUGACUGACGACAUCACGUCUCUUGUUCAAAGCAGUGAAGUCACAUCCCAGUCUGACGUGAGGAGGAAAAAGUGGUGCUGUAAUUCAAUUAAAAAACGCGACCAAGCCGAGUCUCCGGUAAAAUUAGAGUUUUACGGGAGGUGGCAGAAUGAUACCUACCUCCCUGUCACAGCUUGAGUUCUCAUAUUUAGAAAAGAAUUAAUUUAAAAAAGUACAACUGACUUAAAAAAACAAGAAGUUCACCAUGGCGGCUGAACUCGCCGAGCUUUUGGACACGGACAAGUUGUAUCUAACACAAAUACGAUAUCUGGAGGAGCAGCUGGAGAAGUGCCAGAACAAAUGCGAGGAGCUGGAGAACCAGGUGCAGGACCUGCUAUACGAGCAGCGGGUGCUGCGCAAGGACAAGGCAGAUGUCACGCGCUACCUGAAGCGCUCGCUGGAUGCCAAGGACAAGAAGGUGGAGAUGCUGAUGGAGCAGGUGGAAAGCCAGCAGGAGGCAGCGGAGCGCCAAAAGGAGAUCAUGGAGCAGCUAGAGGCCACGGUAGAGCAGCUGGAGGCACGCAUACAGGAGCUAAAUGCGGAGAUCAGCACGCAAGCGGGGAAGCUGGAGGCUCAAUCCGAGCAGCUGGUGGCUUUGGAGGAGAAGCUGGUAAAGCAGAAGCAGGACCAGGAGGCUGCCGUCCGCCGCCUGAAGGAGGAUGCAGAGCGAGACAAGACCAACAUGAUUGCUGAGACCAUGAGGAACAUGGAGGUGGUGUUUGAGGACAAGAUGGCCAAGAUGCUGCAGCAGGAGCGUGAGCAGAACAGCGAGAAGAUGCAUCAGUUGCAAAGCAUGCUGGGAGAAAACAUGACGCUGUGGCAGGAGAAGGACGUGAUGCAGAAGAGGGAGCUGGAGCUCUACUGUGAGGUCAGCCGUCUCCAGGAGGAGCUUGUCAAGAAACCCAGACGCAAGCUCAGCCGCAGGAAGUGACCACUCAUCUCACACGUUCUCCUUCUGAAUCUAAACUGAACUGCCAACCUGCUGGAACAACAACAAAGACCAGAUGACCAGCAAGUGUAAUGAUGUGUCUUGUCCACCGUGACCUCCAGUCAGACAAAGUUGGGAAAGCACUGCACACGUGUUUUCUCGCUGCCUUCCGACUCCUCGGAGGGGCUGUCCCCCAACAAGCUGCAAAACUGUCAUGAAUCAACUUCAUAAACUGUCAUGAAAAUGACAUAAACUAUCAUAAAACACCAAAAACUGUCAAAGUACAUAAACUCUUACAAACGAUGUGAACUAUCAUACAGACUACAUAAACUGCCAUACACACGACAUAAGCCAUCAUGCAAACUACGAAAACUCGUUCAAACCACAAACCAUUAUACAAAUCACAUUAACUCAUACAAACUACUAGACCAACUCCAUAAACGACAAAUUGACAUGCAAACCAGUCGGACACCGUGCCAAACUGUACUAAUGACACAAACUAUACUAGCUCGAGAAAUGUAUGAACUAUCAUGCAAACUACGUCAACUAACAUAAAACUAAUACAGUCAUACAAACUAAACCAUACAAACUCCAUUCUGUACACCGUCAAACAAACCACAAACUACUAAUUACAUGAACGACCAUACCAACUACAUAAACCAUUCAAACUACACACUGUAUAAAGGUACUGUCAAACAAACCACAAAAUAUGAAAACAUACAAAUGACAAACUACCAUACAAACUACAUAGGCCAUCAUACAAAUGGGACACUAUAAUACAGUUAUUAAAUUGACGGCUUUAGAAGUCAAAUAUCCAUGUUAACUGGGAAGGCUGGCAGUUACUAUAAACUAUAAUAUCUACCAACUACCAUACCCUCUACUAUAUAUGACCCUACAUGAGACACUACUGAACACUAUAACAUUACGUGACACCACAACACUACAUAAAAUGAAACACUAACAUGUUCCAUAACACAAGUUGAUCACACACACUGCAUGGUAAGAACAUGGUGCCGAGUCAUUCUAGCUGAGAUUCCAGUUUGACAAACAUGAAGAUUCCGGAAUGUUGCUGAGUUGAUGAGUGUUCAGGAAUUCAAGCGAUAAGACCACAAAUCGACUUCUUGUAAGCAAACAACACUAGACAACUCGGCAUCAUGUGAAUGGACAGACACGACACUAUGUGACACACUACAUAGCCAUACUUAGCACUCGAUGACACUUCAUAACAACAUGACACACAACACGACAUGAUUACAUAAUGCUAGAUGACACAGCUUAACACCACAUGAUACCAGAUACACAAAACAAGAUGCCAAACUACAUGACACUAAAUCACUACAUGAUGAACCACAUGACACAAACAUCACUACAUGUCAACCGAUGACACGCAACAUAAGACUAGCUGGCAGUAGAUGACGUGGAACUAGAUGACAAACUACAUAACAGCGCAUAUUGUAUCACUAGACACUACAUGUGCUGAUCAUAUAAUUAGAAUAUGAAUAUUUGAAUAAUAUUUGAAUAUAAUAUGAAUUUAUUUCCGUAAUUCCAUUCAAAAAAAUGUGAAACGUGUCUAUUAUAUUCAUUCAUUACACAUAGACUGAUAUAUUUCAAACAUUUAUUUCUGUUCAUUUUGAUCAUUAUAACUGACAACUAAUGAAAAUCCCAAAUUCAGUAUCUCAGAAAAUUAGGAUAUUUCUCAAGACCAUCCACUGAGCGAAAAGGGUUACUGCUGAAGCUAAUUGCUUGGAUUCGUUCUCUUCAAAUCAGAGAAAUAAUACCUGAUCAGUAUAAUACAUGCUUGUAUAUACCCAAACAUACAACAAAUGUAUACCUAUACAAACAUACUCAUGUAUACAUAUAUGUACCACCUAUGCACACAUUUAUGUACCUUUAUGCGUACACACACAUCUGAACCCAAAAUCAUUAUUAAAGAAAAAAAAACUAUUCAAAGUUACCUGGCCCUGUGUAAAAAAGUAAUCACCGCCUUGUUAAAUCAGGAAUUAAUUGUGGCUAAUCACGUUUGGUUAAUUUUCACUGAUCAUAAGCCUGAUUACCUCCAGACCUGUUCAAUCAAGAAAUCACUUAAACAGAAUCUGUCCUGACAAAAUUAAGUAGGACAAAAGAUCUAAAAAAGCUGCAACAAAAUGACAAGAUCCCCCAAAAAUUCAAAAACAGUCAAGAAGGGUUACAAACCCCAUUUCUAAAGCUGUAGGAUUCCAGCGAACCAUAGGAGAGCCAUUAACCUCAAAUGGAGAAAUUAUGGAACAGUGGUGAACCUUCCCAGGAGUGGCCAGCCCCAAUGGAACAACAAUGACUCAUCCAGGGGGCUACAAAGGAACUCAGGACAAUGUCUAAAGAGCUGCAAGCCUCCUUUGCCUCAGUUAAAGUCAGAGUUCAUGGCACAACAGUCAGGAAGAGACUGGGCAAAAAUGGCAUCCAUGAAGACGAAAACCACUGCUGACUUUUGCAAAAAAAAUAACAUCUGAAUGAUGACUUUUGGGAGAAUAUUGUAUGGACUGAUGAGAUGAAAGGUGAGCUUUUUGGAAGGUGUAUGUCUCAUUACAGCUGGUGUAAACGUAGCAUAGCAUUUCAGAAAAUGAACAUCAUACCAACAGUCAAACAUCAUGGUGGUAGUGUGAUGGUCUUGUGUUGCUUAGCUUCUUCGGGACCUGGACUACUUACUGUGAUUGAUGUACUAACCAUGAAUUCUGCUCUUGAACAGAAAAUCCUGAAGGAGAAAGUUCAGCCAUCAGUUCGUGACCUCAAGCUGAAACGCACUUGGGUUCUGCAGCAAGAUAAUGAUACAAAACACCAGCAAGUCAACUUCUUAAAAAAAAAAGUUUUUGGAGUGGCCAAAUCAAAGUCUGGACUUGAAUCCAAUUAAAAUGCAGUGGCAUGACCUUAUUAAGGCGUUCAUGCUUGAAAACCCUGUUUUUGCUGAAUUGAAAAAUUUCUGCAAGGAACAGUGGGCCAAAAUAUGUCCACAGAGAUGUGAAAGACUCAUUGCCAGAAAGAAAAUGUUUGAUUUCCGUUCUUCUGAGGAUGGCCCAACCAGUUAAUAAGUUUAGGGGGCCAUUACUUUUUCACACGGGACCAGGUAACGGAUUUAUUUUUUUCCUUAAUAAAUGAAAUCACCAUUUAAAAACAGCAUUUUUAAGUUUACUUGGAUUAUAUUUGUCUGAUAUUUGCAUUUGUUUGAUCUUAAACAGAGUGCAAAGUAAAAUGCCAAAAUAUAAGAAUUUGAGAAGGGGGGCCAAUACCUUUUCACAGCACUGUACAUAUACGCGCACACACACACAUUCUCCCCGUGCCUGCGUGGGUUUUCUCCAGGUACACCGGUUUUCUCCCACAUCCGCAAAACAUGGGUGGUAGGUGGAUUGAAGACUCUAAAUUGCCCGUCGGUGUGAAUGUGAGUGCGAAUGGUGGUUUGACUGAUGCAAAGUGGAAAAGUGUUCUGUGGUCUGACGAGUCCACAUUUCAAAUUGUUUUUGGAAAUUGUGGACGUCGUGUCCUCCGGGGCAUAGAGGAAAAGAACCAUCCGGACUGUUAUUGACGCUCAAAAGUUCAAAAGCCAGUGACGGUAUGGGGCUGUGUUAUUGCCAAUGGCAUGGGUAACUUACACAUCUGUGAAGGCACCAUUAAUGCUGAAAGGUACAUACAGGUUUUGGACAAACAUAUGCUGCCAUCCAAGCAACGUCUUUUUCACGGACGCCCCUGCUUAUUUCAGCAAGACAAUGCCAAACCGCAUUCUGCACGUGUUACAACAGCGUGGCUUCGUAGUAAAAGAGUGCGGGUACUAGACUGGCAUGCCUGCAGUCCAGACCUGUCUCCCAUUGAAAAUGUGUGGCACAUUAUGAAGCGUAAAAUACGACAACAGAGACCCUGGACUGUUGAACAGCUGAAGCUGUACACCAAGCAAGAAUGGGAAAGAAUUCCACAUACAAAGAUUCAACAAUUAGUGUCCUCAGUUCCCAAACGUUUAUCGAAUGUUGUUAAAAGUAAAAGGUGAUGUAACAGUAGUAAACAUGACCCGGUCCCAGCUUUUUGGGAAGUUAAUGAUUAUUUGCUAGAAACAAUAAAGUUUGCGUGUGUUUGCACCAACCUGGGCGUUCUGGCUCAGCGAGGGUGUGUUGUUGGAGAAGCACCAGCAGAGUGACAGUUUGGUGGCAGAAAGUCGGUCUAACCUUACACCGGCUCAGGCUACGUCUAACUGCCAGCACAGCUGGGCUAAUGCGAUUUUGGUGAGUUUGACAAUUGUGGAUGUGUUUGUUUAUAUUUGCUAUAUGAUUGGCUGGCUGCCCAAAGUCACCUGGGAUAGGCUCCAGCACACUCAAGCUCCUGGUGAGAAUAAGCGGUACAGAAACUGGAUGGAUAGAUGGGUCGACGACACAAAUCGAAACAUUGCAGUCUGGACCUUUGCCCUGAGAAAUCCUGUGCAACCGGACCCCUCCAAAUUUUAAUUGAAGAUCCCUGGGCUGUGUGAUUAAAUGAAACUACACGUCACUAGAUGACACUAGACUACAUGACACACGACACGAAUGUGAAAGACACUACACAAAUACAAGUAAUGCAACAUGCCGUCAAAUGCUCUAUGACCCCAAAAUGCAAGAACAACCAAUAGUAUGCUUUAGUGGGCGGGCUGAAGGACAUGACGGACCACACGGAGCACCAAUCAGCUGAUUUGUGGUUCCAGCCCUGAAACUCAUGUUGUGAGAAGUUCAUGUUUGGCUCCCAGAAGAAUCAGAAGUAUUUCCUCCACAAAAACAGCACAUCUUUCCUCCUCUUCACUAGUGUGUGUGUGUGUGUGUGUGUGUGUGUGUGUGUGUGUGUGUGUGUGUGUGUGUGUGUGUGUGUGUGUGUGUGUGUGUGUGUGUGUGUGUCUGUCUGUCUGUGAGGG